UCUUGUAGCCUUGCCAUACACCGACCUUCUCGCGCCUGACCUCCUGCCUUAUAGUGAGCCACGAAUAACUUUGGGCUCCGCUUUCCCAAGAUGCCGGCCACGGUCCAACCAUCGCACGCGCCGCCACCGCAGAUCCCAGGCUUCCAGAUCCCGAACGACGAGGCGCAUUCACUCAAACAAACUGUUGCCGAACUCCUCGAACGCGAAAACCUGCGCUUCCCCGGAGCGCAACCCGUCUCAUUCGCACGCGAACAUGUUACUGAGCUUCAGCGCAACGAAUACUUCAUGUGCGAGAAGACGGACGGCUUGCGCUGCCUCCUCUUCUUACACUGGCGGGAAGGACCAACUGGCGCUUUCGAGCCUGUGACCUUUCUGAUCGACAGGAAGAACAACUACUACAACGUCGAGCCUCCCUUUCGGAUACGUCAUUAUCUGCACCCCAACGAACCCGAGCCCUUCUUGUUCGGCACCAUCCUCGAUGGCGAGCUGGUUCACGAUCAAUACCCGGGCGAGCCUGCGCCGCGCCUCAACUUCUACGUUUUCGACUGUCUGGCGGUGGAUGGCACAAACGUGACGGGCAGGACACUGGACAAGCGGUUGGGUCGAUUACACGAUUGGGUCAUCAAACCAUACGAGGCCAACUUGACGAGGACCUUUGGAAAGAACAUCACGCCAGCCGACCUCAAGCCGUUCGCUCUCAAGGGGAAGAAGACCUACUCUGCGUAUAAGCUCGAGGACAUGUUCAGCAAUAUCCUUCCAAACCUCAGACACGGCAAUGACGGCCUGAUCUUCACCUGCGUGUCUACGCCCUACCAGUUUGGUACCGAUAGGCAUAUCCUCAAGUGGAAGCCUCCCCACGAGAACACCAUCGACUUCAAGCUCCGCCUUGGCGAAUUUCCACUCAUGGACCCACAAGACGGUGAAGAUGGCCCCAUUACCGACUACGACGCAAUGCCCAGCCCCAUUCAAUUGCUCGUUCAGCACAACUCGAACCACUACGAGGUGUUCGCCACCCUGUCUCUCAAUCCAGCCGAGUGGGAGACCCUCAAAUCGCUCAAUCAACGUCUCGACGGUCGUAUAAUAGAAUGUUACCGUACAGAACGCGGGCAAUGGAAAUACAAGGCGGAGGCAGAUGGUACACCACGCUGGCGAGACGACAAAAAGGACGCGAACCAUAUCAGCACAGUUAACAGCGUGCUGGCUAGUAUCGAGGCUCCUGUAACCGAGAUGGAUUUAUUGGCCAACGCAGAAAAUAUCAAGCGGGAAACUUACCGCCUGCAAGGUAAGCUGGACCAAUACCGACCUCCCCAGGACGGUGAGCGUGAGGCCAAAAAGCGGAAAUAUAGCGACUCAGGCUUGAACGGCCAAUGAUGGAUGGAGUUGGUUUUUAAUUCUUAACCACGAGAUUUUCUGGUGUACCAUUAGCGUAUCGUCGUUAUUUCGAUAUAGGCGUUUAUCACGGGGUUCCGGCGCGUUCAGGCAGUAUAUGAUACCCACGCUCAAUUCAUAUAGAUGGGGCGGCUCAAAUCGACUUUUGUUGCUCCUAUUACUACUUUCCUUGGUCUCCUUCCGCCACAGGCGUCCGACAUCUCGCGGCGCAUACCAACCUUAAUUAGCAGGAGUCAAGGACAGGGUGAAUCGACUCAUCUUUAAGUGGUAUUUGGUCAUGCACGUAGAUUGUUGCAGUAUUGAGAUGAUGAUUGAUAUAGUAAAAAUACCU